GGGCAAAUCCUCGUCGCUUUAACUUUGAUUCUUUGGGAAACGCAAUGUUAGCUCUUUUUGAAGUGCUUUCGUUUAAAGGAUGGCUCGAUAUAAGGGAUGUCUUACUCGCAAGACUAUCGCCUUUACACACAAUCUAUAUUCACGUGUUUGUAUUCCUUGGAUGUAUGAUUGGGUUAACACUGUUUGUCGGUGUAGUCAUUGCCAACUACGGAGAAAAUAAAGGCACAGCUCUGUUGACUGUAGACCAGAGGCGAUGGUGUGAUCUUAAAAAAAGACUUAAAAUUGCUCAACCCUUACAUUUACCACCUAGACCGGAUCACCAUAAGGCUCGUGCCAUUAUCUAUGAUAUAACACAACAUAUAAUAUUCAAAAGAGCGAUAGCAUUGUUGGUUUUGGCCAAUUCUUCGCUGUUAUGUGUUUCGUGGGACACAAAACAAUCGCAUACAAUACCAUUGGCCACAAUCUCUGCCUCAUUAACCUGUAUUUUUGUCUUCGAAGUACUUAUGAAAAUGAUUGCUUUCACAGCUCGUGGCUAUUGGCAGUCGAGACGCAAUCGUUACGAUUUGUUUGUCACUGUUUUGGGUGUUUUGUGGUUAGGCUUACACUUCCUAUUGAUGGACGAGACGUCCAAUGCUUUUGGAUUUAUUGUUGUUAUAUUGAGAUUCUUUACAAUCACUGGAAAACACGCGACACUGAAGAUGUUGAUGUUGACCGUUGCCGUCAGUGUCUAUAAAUCAUUUUUCAUUAUAAUGGGUCUCUUCUUAUUAAUAUUGUGUUACGCUUUGGCCGGAGUUAUACUUUUCGGUGCCGUUAAGUUUGGAGAAAACAUCUCAAGACACGCCAACUUCCGGACGGCGCCCAACGGUGUCAUAACACUGUUCCGAAUCGUGACCGGAGAGGACUGGAAUAAGAUAAUGCACGACGCGAUGCUUUCGCCCCCAUAUUGUACACGAGGUCGCGACUACUGGUCCACAGAUUGCGGCAAUUUUUCCGCUUCGUUGUCCUUCUUUUGCUCAUUUUAUGUGUGCAUCACUUAUAUUGUACUCAAUCUAUUGGUUGCUAUAAUUAUGGAGAACUUCUCUCUGUUCUACUCCAACGAAGAGGACGCUCUUCUCUCUUACGCCGAUAUUCGUAACUUUCAAAACACUUGGAAUUUAGUCGACUUAUCCCAAAGAGGAAUGAUUCCCAUCUCAAGAGUCAGAUUUGUGUUAAGACUUUUGAAGGGAAGACUAGAAGUGGAUCCAAAUAAAGAUAGGCUUUUAUUCAAACACAUGUGCCAUGAAAUGGAAAGACUGCACAACGGAGAGGACGUUACCUUUCAUGACGUCCUUAAUAUGUUAUCGUAUCGAUCGGUCGAUAUUAGAAAAUCAUUACAAUUGGAAGAACUUUUAGCACGCGAAGAGCUGGAGUUCUUGAUUGAAGAAGAGGUGGCGAAAGCAACAAUCAGGUCGUGGCUCGACAAAUGUCUUCGACGGAUCAAACGGGAGAAACAGCACCAAUCGCUGCUUCACUCAUUGAGAGCUACAAACGAGCCGCUUAUACCAUUUAAUAUUCCAGCCGCUGAUACUGAAGAGGUGGGCGCUAUCGCCGCCAUCCCUAAUGCUAAGACCGCCACCCGAACCGAUUCAAUGACUUCCAAUCGCAAGACAUUACUGGCGCCCAACGAAAUCCGAGCCCGAGUUCUGCCUCUUGUGUCAGAACGAGAUGACAACGAAAGUGAAGAUAAUUUUCUUAAAAAUACUAAAAAGAAUUUAACUUUUCAGCCAAAGACACAACUUAUUGUAGGAGAAGUUCACGAAUGGUGGAACACUCUGAUGUCCCCAAAGAACUGCAGUAAUUGUCAAACAAAUUGCUCUCAAGAGGAUAUCUAA